CGAUCAGGAUUGUGUCAAACUCUUCCGAGACGAGCUGGCGUAACGGAUGCUCUACUAGUUUGGGAAAAGGAAGUCACCUGCCUGCCGAGAAUCGUCCUUCUCUUGCUUCUCAUCUGUAUUUCCGUUCCCUCUCUCUGUUUCUCCUGCUCCUUUUUCUGUUAAUUUUCUGCAGUAAAUCCAAUCAUUCGGUUCCGCAGUGUUGGUUCUCAUCGUUGCCUCUCCUUCCCUUCAAAUUCUUUUUCAUUUUCUUCUCUUGUUUUUCACUGGUAGAGAGGUGAACGAACAUAUAGGGAGAUUGGUAUGGGGUUGUUUGAUCUUGAGAAGCACUUCGCCUUCUAUGGAGCGUACCACAGCAACCCCAUCAACGUCAUCAUCCAUGUCCUGUUCGUGUGGCCGAUCUUCUUCACGGCUCUCCUUCUCUUCUACUUCACCCCGCCCAUGGUCAACGUCACCAUCCCCUUCCCAGACACCCUGUACCUCAAUUUUGGGUUCUUCUUUGCUCUCGUUUUCGCCGGUUUCUACGUGCUUAUGGACUUGAAAGCUGGUUUCCUGGCUGCUUUUCUUUGCUUCUUUUGUUGGGUAGGUAGCAGCUUUCUGGGCCACCGGCUUGGGUAUUCUCUGGCUUGGAAGGUGGUACUGGCAUCUCAGAUAUUCUGUUGGACUUGUCAGUUUAUAGGCCAUGGGGUGUUCGAGAGACGAGCCCCAGCCCUCCUGGACAAUCUUGCACAAGCUUUCCUGAUGGCUCCUUUUUUCGUUCUGCUUGAGGUUCUUCACAAGUUGUUUGGCUAUGAACCAUACCCGGGUUUCACUUCCAAAGUUAAUGCCAAGAUACAGGCGGAUCGUGAAGUAUGGCAAGCUAAGAAACUGAAGAAAGCUUCUUAGUUCUUAAUGUAUCCUUGGCCUUGUUCACCAAGCUCAGAUACUUUUCUCUAAUGUAAUAGACUAAAUACUCUCCAUACUGAUAACCUCUUUUUGUGUGUCGGUGUGCUUUUGUAAUGAAAUCGCUGGGGAGGAAACUAGAUGAGUCAAGUGACAGAGUGACUCUCAACUGUAGGACUGUUCAUAAAGCAAAUAAAGCCAUUUCUAGUCUCC